UUGAGAUAUGAAUUCAUCCAAUGAAAGUGGGAGAUAUUGAAGUGCACCAAAAAGCACCUUUUUCCCAAGUCAAGAGACAUAAUAGCACAUCAUAAUUUUAAGCGAUUCUUCAACUCUCCCAUUAUAUUUGGACAAAAAAACGAGAGGAAAAAAAGGGCAAAAUAAGAGAGAAGAAAGUGGGAUUAUGGGAUUAAACCUUAAUAAGGUCAAGAAUUGAAAGAAGAACAAACCCACCAAACACAAAAGUCAACAAGACCCAUCUUUGAUUUUCUAAAUAUAAAUCUUUGUUUGUUAAAAUUCCUCAUUCUCAUCCCAACAACAUUCUCAAUCCAUCAACUCUCAAAUUGCAAAUUGAAAUCUCCUAUCCUCUCUCCCCUCGCCUUCUCUCUGUUUCUGUUUCCCUCUCCCUUGGGUCCAGAAUCAGAGAAACCUCCAAUCUUUCAUCUUAAUGCCUUUUCCUUCCCCAAAUAUUUGUGGGUUUUCGAUCUUUUGUGGUGGGUCGAAUUCCUUUUUGAGAUUGCCCUAGUGGGGAGUCUCAAAAAUGGGAGCCUGCUGUACCAAAGAUUACAUGUUUGGAGGGCACAUGCCCUAUGACAAGGAUGAGGGGGAUUCCAAUGUUGGUGAGGAUGGGGAAGAGGUUCGUCGUGGAGAAGAUGGAGCCAUUGUUAGACUAAAUGGAUCCUCUGCUUUCUCAUCAAUGUUCACCCAACGAGGAAAAAAAGGAAUCAAUCAAGAUGCAAUGACAGUUUGGGAGGAUUUCACAGGGGAGAAAGAUUUGGUGUUCUGUGGAGUUUUUGAUGGCCAUGGCCCAUCUGGUCACAGGGUUGCUCGCCGUGCCCGUGAAAUGCUGCCCUCAAAGCUCUCCAAGGCAAUCAAGAAACAGCCAUCUCGACUCGCAAAUGGGGUUUCUGAAGCUUCUGUUGGACCAGACUACAGUGGCGGCAAUCCUUUGGUUUCCAGAUGGGAAACUGUUCUUGUUGAUUCUUUCCAAGAAAUGGAUCAAGAACUUGGCUUCGAUUCAUCUGUUGAUAGUUUCUGCAGUGGGACAACAGCCGUGACAGUUAUCAAACAGGGAGAGUAUCUGGUGGUUGCAAACUUGGGCGACUCCCGGGCGGUUCUCUGCACCAGAGGAGACAAAAAUCAACAAAUUGCCAUUCAAUUAACAGUUGACCAUAAACCAAACAUUCCAUGCGAAACCGAAAGAAUACAGAAUUGCAAUGGCAGAAUAAUUGCAGAAAAAGAUGACCCAGAUAUAUACAGAGUGUGGGUGCCAGAUGAAGAUUAUCCUGGCCUGGCCAUGUCAAGAUCCUUCGGAGAUUUUUGCCUCAAGGAUUACGGGCUAAUCUCAACCCCUCACGUCUCUUACAGAAAGCUGACCCGAAAAGACGAGUUCAUCGUUCUAGCGACAGAUGGGAUAUGGGAUGUGCUGACGAACAAGCAAGUAAUCAACAUAGUUUCCUCAGCAAGGAACCGAUCCAUGGCGGCGAAAUUGUUGGUGAAACUAGCAGUUCGGGAGUGGAAACGCCGAUAUCCGGGGGCGUUGGUGGACGACUGCGCCGUGAUUUGCUUGUUCUUCAAGAGCCCGCCAAUGCUGACGAGAUCGAUGACGAGUGUGGGCCGGCAGAACGCGAGGAGCCAUCCAGAGCUUGCAGUUUCGCGAAGCUGUAGAUCCAUGAGGAUGGGAAAAAGAGGAGGAGAAGAAGGCGGAGGCGGGGCGGCGGCUGCRAAGAAGGAAAGCAAAGAUGAUUGGAACGCUGUACAAGGAUUGAAAAGAGUGAAUUCACUGACGAGGAUUCCUCGAUUCACUCGCGCUUUGAGCAACAAUCAGAAAAUGGAGAAGGUUUUUCAUGGAGUUGAAGCACGGUGAGUGUUUGUUUGAUAAAUGUCCGCAGGGAAGAACCCAAGCUUUUUCCCCACUUUCAAUCUUUUAUUUUGUUUGUUUUCUUUGCAAAUCUUUAGCUCUCAURUAAUGCAUUUUUUCUUUUUUGGUUUUAUGUUGGUUGAGAUAAUGUAAUAUUUCACCUUUAUGAAAUAUAUAAUUAAAAAUUUGA